AGAUACUUCAUUCUGCACGCGCUGAUCAACGCAGGGGUAGUGGUGAUAGUGUACAAGGACUUCAUCGACGUCUUCCUAAACCCUAUUGAUGGCGACCAACGGGUAGAGCACUCGUGUCUGCCGCUGGUUUGGGCCAUACACCUGUACCAUGUGCUCUUCUUCAAAGGACUGACCAUGGUUGACUGGAUGCACCAUCUCAUCAACGUGCUUAUCAUGGGCGUCAUUGCCGAGUGCUGGUUCUGGGGUAAGGGCGUCAACGCUACCUGCUUCAUCAUGAACGGUGUUCCCGGUGGUCUUGACUACGUGUUCCUUACCCUUAUGAAGCACGGCCUUAUGUCAUCCUCGACCGGUGAGUGA